AUGGAGCCUCAAUUCUGCAGCAGCUACUACUAUGGCCAUGCCGGCGGCGCCGCCUAUGCGCAUAGCGAUAGUAGCCACUACGGCCUACGACGCUACGACGACGACAGCGUCGUCGUGGACAGCCACUGCUACUCCAGUAGCACCAUGGCCUCUUCCGGCUUCGUCCAGCAGGCGGCCUCCUCCGCGUACUACUACUACGACCCUACCGCGUACAGCAGUGACCACCACCAGCACCAGCAGCAGCACCCUUCUUCCUCGUCGACAGCGUGGGCGUCAUCGCCGUCGGGCGCCACCACGCCCUCGUCCUCGCACCACCAACAGCAGCUGCUCCGUUUUGGCGGCGGCGCCGUUGAUGAGUACUACCAGGAGGACGGCAUGGGCGCGGUGGGCAUGGAUCAGUCGAGCGCUCACAUGGUCAUGGGAGCCGCCAGCAGCACCUCCUCCGGCGCUUCGUCGACGACGAACACACCCGACUACCUGCUGCUGCAGGAGGAGGAGGCGGCGGCCGGCGGCGGCGGCGACGCGCCGCUGAUCGGGGUGCGGAGGCGGCCGUGGGGCAAGUUCGCGGCGGAGAUCAGGGACUCCACGCGCAAUGGGCAGCGCGUGUGGAUCGGCACCUUCGACACCCCCGAGGCCGCCGCGCUGGCCUACGACCAGGCCGCCUACUCCAUGCGCAGCACGGCCGCGGUGCUCAACUUCCCCGUGGAGCACGUGCAGGCGUCGCUGCGGGCGCUGGGGCUCAGCGUCGACGCGGGCGGCUCGCCGGUGCUGGCGCUGAAGCGGCGCCACUGCAUCCGCAAGCGCUUGCCCAAGAACAAGACGGCGGCCGGCAAGGAGCAACAGACGAAGGUGGUACUGGCGGCGACGGCGAGUAGCCGCCGCGGCCAUGGGCAUGCUGAGCAAAAGCAGGCAGCUUCUUGCGGCGUGCUGGAGCUGGAGGACCUUGGCGCGGAUUACCUGGAGGAGCUGCUCGCCCUGUCAGAUCAAUGAGGAAAUCGUCUGUGUCAACCACUCAACCGUCGUCACUCACACAUGCAUGUUUUAUGCGCUCAUGCUUUGGCAUAGUGGUAAUGUGGUAUACAUUUAUCACUACUCAUCUCAGCAUGCCCUUUUGCUAGAUUCUUCUUGCCAGGUUUUCAG